CAAAUCCAAAUUCUUUUACGCACCACCACUACCGAGCGCAACACAUAGAACCACGAGUUUUAUUUGCGCACCGGCCAUUCAGUACUGUCGUUCCGACUCGCGCUGACCGCUGAUAAUUUUUUUUAAAAUUCGAUUUAGUACUACACACGAUAUCAAAAUGAGUACUGAAACCAUAAAUGCGUUGGUGUUCGACUACUUGAACUCGUUGGAUCAGAACCUUGCAAACAUGUUCCAGACCAAGACUAAAGCCUCAAAAUUGCAGAGAGGACAAACUAAAUUAACUCAGCUAAUCGAUGACCAUUUGAAGACUUCUAAAAAAACAAUUAAGUUGCAGAAAAAAGGACCUUCUGUAGAUCAAAUAAUUAAAUUAAGUAAUGGUAAAGCAGCAGCGGUCGCCGAUGAAGAAUCUGAAGAAGACAGUUCUGCUGAUGAAGUAGUACCUAAAUCAAAAGUUAAUGCUACAAAAACAAAGAAGGUAGAAAAGGAAGAAGAAAGUUCUGAAGAAGAAAGCUCAGAUGAUGAUGAUGAACCACCUGUAAAAAAAGCAUGUAUUGCUCCUGUUAAGAAGCCUGUUACAAAAAAAGAAUCUAGUUCAGAAGAAGAGAGUUCAGAAGAAGAAGAAACUCCUGCUCCAAAAAAACCUGUUACUAAACCAGUUGUUAUGCCUCCUGUAAAUAAGAAAGCCACUGCAGAAGAAUCAUCUGAAGAAGAAAGCUCUGAAGAAGAAAGUUCUGAAGAAGAAAAGCCUGCAGUAAAGAAAGCCCCUCAGGUACCUGCAAAAAAGGUGGUACCUGUUAAAAAGGUAGUACCUGUUAAAAAAGCAGAGCCAGAAGAAAGUUCAGAAGAGGAAAGUUCUGAAGAGGAAACUGUAGUGAAAGUUCCAGCUAAAGUAGUUGCAGCUAAAAAUGGAAAGAAAGAAUCUAGUUCCGAAGAAGAAAGUUCUGACGAAGAAGAUACCCCCCCAGUAAAGAAAACAGCUGUCCAGCCAACUGCUAAAAAAACUGAAGAAUCCAGUUCUGAAGAAGAAAGUUCUGAUGAGGAAACUGUAGUUAAAACUCCAGCUAAAGCUCCUGUUUCUGCAAAGAAAGCUCAAAAAGAAGAAUCUAGCUCUGAAGAGGAAAGUUCAGAAGAUGAAACCCCAGCUACUACUAAACCAUCGAAAAAAACUGUAACUAAACCAGUUGUUGCUAAAGAAGAAAGUGAAGAAGAAUCUGAUGAUGAAGAUGAUGAUGAGGAGGAAGAAGUCAAAAAGACUCCAAAUAGUCAGAUCAAAAAUCAGCCAUUUGUCAAAGCAACAAAUGGAGAUAAUAAAAUAUUAAUGGGAAACAUGGAUCAAUAUGAUAUUGGUGGUAACAACUCUUUUGACUCUGAUAAAAAGAAAAAACAACAAAAUAGGCGAUCAGAUCCUUAUAGACGUGUCCGUGAUGAUAACGUCAGUGUUGAUGGGCGUCUUUUGGAUAAUUCACUUAAAGCAAAGGAUGAAAAUGAAAAUGGAACCAGCAACAAAUGGGGUGAAGACCGACAGGGAGGUUUCAGAGGUGGUAGAGGCAAUAGAGGAACAAGAGGAGGAUUUGGAUUCCGAGGUGGUCGUGGAGGCCGUGGGGGUUUCAAUCGUGAUGAUGAUGAUCAAAAUGGAGGCGGAAGAAACAGUUUUGGUAGAGGUGGUGGUGGUCGUGGAGGUGGUUUCAAACGUAAAUUUGAUGAUUCUGGUGAUGGAGAAGGUGAAGGCAGUGGUUUUAGAAAGAGUUUUGGAAGUGGAGAUGAAAAUGGUGGGGAACGUCGCAGUUUUGGAGACAAAAGAGGAUUCGGUGGUAAUAGGUUUAGUGGUGGUGAACGAGGAGGUUUUGGAGGACGCGGUGGUGGUGAUAGAGGUCGAGGAGGAUUUGGUGGUCGUGGAGGUGGUGGAAGAGGCUUUGGUGGACGUGGCGGUGGAGAUCGCGGCAGGGGCGGUCGUGGAGGUAGUGACCGUGGCAGUGGUGGUUUUGGUAAAGAUAGAUAUUUCAAUAAAAGUUUUGACUCUAAUAGUUCAACACCACAAAACAAAAAAAUUAAAUUUGAUGAUUGAAAAGGUCAAUAUGAAAAUUGGGGUAAGAAAGCUGCUCUAGACUUACAAUACACAAAAGGAAAAUCAUUUAGACAUGAAAAAACAAAAAAAAAACGUGGCUCUUAUCGAGGUGGACAAAUUGAUGUAGGUGUUAAUUCCAUUAAAUUUGACGAUUAAUUACAUAAUCGUUUACAUCUUUUUAUUUUUU